UUUUUUUUUUUUUAAUAAAGUCUGGUGGUGAUUUUUACUUGUUGCAUCUCCGUCAUUUCCUUCCAUGAUUUACCCUUCCAGAGGUUUCUUUGUAUGAUGAGACUAUUGUGGACGGCGCCCGACGGCGUGCAAUUUCCUGCUGCCCGUUUUGCUGUGCCAUUAUUGUGGACGCUUGUCUUUGCCAAAUUCCAAGGACUGCUAGCCCAAGCCUUACUGAAUGCCUGGAACCGCUUCUUAACUAUCGCACAGAGCAAAUUAAAGCAACACACGUUAACAGCAGAAAGAGCCCGAUUUAAUUUCAUUUCAAGACACGCCACGUUUCAAAUGCACAUUGUCCGAUUUCCAGAGGUUUAUGUCCAUUCCUGCGGAGGAUAUGGCGCGUCCAUAUAUUGACUCUUCAAAUUCGAUGUUGACUGUAUAAGACAAAGUCUGGAGUAUGUACCGCGCCUAGCUAACUGUGUUUGAUUCCGUCUUCGAGUGGCACCAUACGGCCGUCAGAAGCUCUAGCUGAGCAUUCGUAGUCACCGUGAGGACAACUACCAGAGAAUACUUUCAUAACAUCGAUAAAUGUCGUCAACACAGUAAAAUUCAUGUUCUUGGCGUUUCCCGG